AUGGGCGGUUUAGAGACUAUGCUCGGUGAGCGGUACUCGCUAAUUAAACAAAUUGUGGACCAUAAAUUUGCGCCUUCUUUGUUGCUCUACGGACCCCCAGGAGUGGGUAAAACUACCUUGGCGCUGGCGCUGGCCCGUGAGUUAAAACUGACCUACCACGUUUUUAACUCGGCCCUUGAUAAAAAGCACGCGUUGGAAAAAAUUAUCCAAGCCUCGCGGGAAAAACAAAUGUCAAUCUUGAUCGUUGAAGAAAUCCACCGGAUUAAUCGUGACCGCCAAGACAUCAUUCUCCAAGCGCUUGAUCAAGAAAAAUUGUUGCUUUUUGCUACCACGACCGAAAACCCUUUUUUCGUAGUUAAUCCCGCUCUUAGAAGUCGGGUCCAAAUCAUCGAAGUUCAUCCGCUCGGUUGGCAGCAAAUUUUGCGUGUUUUAAAAACCGCCGUCCAAAAAAUUGCGGCGGUACAAAAAAUCCAAUUUGCUGAUCAAGCGCUGGAAUUAGUGGCUAAGGCUAGCAACGGCGAUUUACGCUACGCGCUCAAAACGAUUGAACUGGCCGCCCGACUUUUCCCCAAAAAACGUUUAAUUAACCCCGCCACAAUGGCCGGUAUUUUUAACUCAACCCAUCUCACGGGCGCUCACUACGGCGAUCAGCACUACGAUCUUCUAUCGGCCUACCAAAAAUCGGUUCGUGGCAGCGACGUAGACGCCAGUCUCUACUACUUAGCCCGACUUUUAGCGAACGGCGAUCACCAAGCUUUGAUGCGUAGGAUGCUCGUCACGGCUUACGAAGACAUUGGCCUAGCUAACCCAAUCAUCGCCGUCAAAGUCAAAACUGCCACCGACUGUUUUCGCCAACUCGGUUUGCCCGAAGGCAUGAUUCCGCUCGGGCUGGUGACGAUCGAAAUGGCGCUAAGCGAAAAAUCUAACAGCGGCUACUUGGCAAUUAAAAAGGCCUACCAGGUGGUCACCAAGGGCGGUCAGGCGCACUCGGUGCCAAUUCACCUCAGAGACGCGCACUACAAAUCAGCCGCUAAGCUUGGUCAUGGCCAAGGGUAUCUUUACCCCCAUAACUUCCCCAGCCACUUUACUGAGCAAAGUUAUCUGCCAAAAGAACUUUUAGAGAAACGGUUUUUUCAAAUUGAUCGUUCAAACUUAUACGAACGUAAAUUAGCUGAGUUGUACGAAAGAUUUACCAAAAAAACUAAAUCUUAA